AUGUACAUAAAGUACGACGACAUACCAAAACUCCCUAGCUCAUUAUUAAUUUCUGCAAACGAGUCACAAUUCCGCAUUUUCUUCACUGACGACAAAAUAACUUGUUUCAUUUGCAAAUCUACGGGUCACACAUCCUUGACUUGCAAAAAAUCGAAUCUAAAUAACACGGAAAUCUCCUCCUCACCGCAACAGACAAAUGCAUAUGAACAUAAUUCUACGCCAGAAAAUCAAAAAAUCGACCAAAUCGAUAUCUCCCAAUCUACUAUCAGUUCUCAAAUGCUCAUCACCUCAGACGAAACGCCUCCAACUUGGAACAUCGUCACCGAAACAUCAGCUCACAAACGACAGGCUCCUCCAACAACAUCUUCUUCAGCCCCUACCAGCCCCCUGCAUUCAACUUCACAAGAGCCAAACCUCUUAGACCCAAAACACCACCACAAAAAAAUUAAAACGAUCGAACAAACUACUACAUCUAAUAAUACUCCAACGAAUCAAGUAUCGUCUUUCACUCAGCCAGAAAUAACGAACAAGCCAGAAAACCGCUCUCGCUCAAACUCGCGCAAACGCUUUUCAGAGGAACUGGACACUCACCUUGAUCCCAUCAGUCAUAUUUUCAAUGAACACAAUCAUACUAGUAUAAACUUCUCUCAAUUUAAACAUAUAAUAGAAAUUAUUGCUACUCUUGACCACCCUCUAGACACAAUUCAUGAAUAUGAAACAACAGGCAACCACAUAUUGGAAUUACUCGAAAAAAUCAGACCUUCACUUUUAACUGUUAAAGCUAAAAACAAUAUAACCAGGAUAACAAACAAGCUCUUUAAUGCAAUAGAUAAUGAAGCCUUCAUGGAUGCUUCUGAAGCUGAAUCUGAUACUUACUGA